AUGUUAUCGAUCCCUCGACUACAUCAACAGCAACUUCAGCUCCAACAACAACUACAACACAACUCUCCCAACUCUCAGCAGCACCAGCAGUUUCCCUACUCUCAGAACUGCCAUACCGAAUACAACUCUGUUACCUAUUCUGACCUUCCUCGAUCGACUUACGAAGACGAGAUCACUGCUUUGAGUCAACAACUUCCCACCGACCUCAUGCAGCCCGAAGCUUGGGGAGCACUUGCCCAACAGACUCACAGGUUACCUCGUGGGACUCAUCAGCGCGAGUCUUCUCUGUCAUCUCUAGGGUCUUCAACAGCUGGACCUGCCUCGCCCUUCAACCACAACACAUCGAACCCACAUAUUGCAAUCACCGACGCAAACGACCAGAGCAAUCCCUCAUAUUAUCACCUGGCCAAGUCGAUGGCUUCUUAUGCUGGAUACCAGACUUGCGGAGGCUUGGAGCAGAAUGCUAUGCCUGACAUGGCCUAUCCGAUCACUCUGUCAGGACCAAGCAGCAAGCCAAGGAUGGAUCGGACUUUGAUGCAAGCUCCUGACUUCUCUGGUGGCUCAUCACGAUCACACCCCGCCUCAGUGGCGAGUUCCAUAGCGGGUGACUCACCUGCUACUCCUACAGUUGGCGAAGCAGAUAACUCGGAGAGAAGGCGAAAAGGUUUUGCCAAUGCUCCAAAACUUGACAGAACCAUGACAGACAUUUAUGCAGACGAACUCUACAGCCCCAACUUUGCCAUCACAUCAACCCCUCCCUCGCAAACUCAGGUAUCUUUAUCACCUACAAACGAUGUCUUCAGCCAGCGACUCAACGCCGCCAACAACCAGCAUCUAAGUGCUGCUCAAUCGCCAGUCUCUAGCAACUCGCGAGAUAGGUCGCCCUUCAGAACUGGCUCGCCUCUCGCCCCUUCUCCCGCCCAUGAGUUUGGCAACCAUGGACUUCCACAGAACUUGACAUUCAACAGUGCACAGCGCAUACGCGAGCAGAAUAAGGCACAUCAAGAUGCUCAGGUCAUGCGUCAACAGAUGAGCAUGAAGCAGGAGCCUGAGACCCCGAAGACCAUUUCCCCAAAGGAUGCGAUUCUUGAGUUCAAUGAGUCUGAAGGUGACAACAAUUUCCCUCUGUUUCCUCAGAGCUCUUCGGGCUUCGAUCUGGACCAGUUCCCAAAGUCUAUGGUUAGCUCUCAGGAAUCUAUGCACGACACCCACAGCCAAAAUCACUUCAACUUCCUAUCAUCGCACGCAGCCAAUGGAAUUUCGGUGCCUCAACAAUAUCCGUUUAUUGCACACCCGCGGAUGAACCACGAGACACCACCUCGCUUGAGCUCCGCUGGAUCGAGCUCGAACGAAUCGCGGAAUGUCACCCCUGCAACCCGCCCCGGCAGCACUGCUGCUGAUGGCGGCACUUACACUUGCACAUACCACGGUUGCACAUUACGAUUUGAAACUCCAGCGCUACUUCAGAAGCACAAGCGGGAAGGCCACAGGCAGACCCAGAACCUUGGACCUUCGCAACCUCGUAAUAUGGGUAUGACAUCUGCACUGUUAAACACACAGGCGGGCCCUCAUCGUUGCGACAGGAUCAACCCGAGCACUGGCAAGCCCUGCAACACUGUCUUUUCUAGGCCAUAUGAUCUCACUCGCCACGAGGACACCAUCCACAACGCUCGGAAGCAAAAGGUGCGAUGUGAUCUUUGCACUGAGGAGAAGACAUUCAGUCGUGCGGAUGCUCUAACCAGACACUAUCGCGUAUGCCAUCCGGACGUGGAACUUCCAGGCAAGCAUCGUCGAAGAGCCGGUGCAUGA